AUGACAAACAAAUCCAGUUUGAAAAAUGAUAGCAAAGAUUUCUCCCCGAAUUCUUUGCCUGGAGCUGAGCAAGCUAAGAUAGGUCCAUCAGUUGUGCCUGAUACGACUUCUACGGGACCCUUUUCUUCUAUUUCAAGUCUUGAUACUCCUGUAAUAAGGAAAUCAACUAGUCCUACUGGUUCCCAAACCAAAUCAAUUAUGAAUGCUAGUGGAACUUCCGGCGCAGUUGUAAGUAAUACACCAGAACCAGGCUUAAAACGGAUACCAACCGUUACGUUCAGUGAUCCAAAGUUGGGAAGUCCUAGGCCGGAUGUAGAGCAGGCCCUACCUAGCCAAGUGACCAGACAACCCAGUGGAAGGAAAGGAACUACUGUACAGGUUGCAUCAGAAAGCAAUGAUCAAGGACGAAACUUAAAGGACAUAAAUACAAAGACAGUAAAAGAUGGCGAUGCUUCUGCCUCCUCUUUUUCCACUCCCACCUCUAUCCUUUCUAAUACUGAUAUGGGGAAUAAUAUAUCUAGUCUGCUGGCUAAGAAGUUGAGUCUUGGCGGUGUAACUGAUUCUAUUUUAAGCUCCGACAAUAGUUCCGAUAGCCCCAAAAAAGACCAUCCACAUUUUUACGUCGAAGAUCCUUUGCAUACUCCAUCAGUUAGGUCAAGAUCUAACAGUACCAGUCCUCGCCCAUCUAUAGUAAUGAACACUUUCAACCCUAUUAACAUUGAGCGUGAGGGCUCCAUAUCAAAGAUUGGGGAGCCCACCUUGUUAGAGUCGGUAUUAGAGGAAGCAAUGUCCCCUAAUGCAGUUUUGAAUCCCUUGAAGAGGGAAAAUGUUAUAACUAACAUGGAUCCAAGGCUUCCCCAAGAUGAUGGUAAACUGCAUGUGCUCUUCGGGGCAAGCGGCUCUUUAUCUGUUUUUAAACUUAAACAUAUGAUCAGGAAAUUAGAAGAAAUUUACGGAAGAGAUAAAAUAAGCAUUCAAGUCAUAUUAACAAACUCGGCAACCAAAUUUUUUGCGAUGAAGUAUAUGAGAAAAAAUAAAAAACAACAUCAUAGCAACGAUAAUUCUUUCAACAACACCGAUCCCAAUGCAAGAAAUAUUAUUGGUAACAAAAAGAAUACCGCUCCGCGUGAAAAGUUCAGUAUAUCGAAGACGCCUUCAAACUCAGCGGCUCCUUCCUUGACCAACACAAAAAGUGAGGAAGAAACUCAAAAAAGAUCUGCUGUUGGAUUCCAUUCAGCAUUUACUGGUGGCCGCACGUUUAGCAACCCUUCAAAUACUGUUUCACAGCAUCCUCAAAUUGAGCUGCCAGCGCAUAUACAAUUUUGGACAGACCAAGACGAAUGGGAUGUAUGGCAACAACGGACUGACCCUGUAUUACAUAUAGAACUACGUCGUUGGGCGGACAUACUAGUCGUCGCUCCAUUGACCGCUAAUACAUUGGCCAAAAUUGCCCUUGGUUUAUGCGAUAACCUUUUGACAAGCGUAAUAAGAGCAUGGAAUCCAACGUUCCCUAUAUUCCUGGCGCCUUCCAUGGGUAGCGGCACAUUCAAUUCCAUAAUGACCAAGAAACAUUUUAGGAUCAUUCAAGAAGAGAUGCCUUGGGUAACAGUGUUCAAACCAUCUGAGAAAGUUAUGGGCAUAAAUGGUGAUAUUGGGCUAAGUGGGAUGAUGGAUGCGAAUGAGAUCGUUGGCAAGAUAGUGGUGAAACUUGGCGGCUACCCUGAUGUUUCCGCAGGGAAGGAAGAGGAAGAAAAUAACUAUGACGAAGAUGACAACAAGAAGAAAAAUACAUAUGACAAUAAUGAAGAUGGGGAUAAUGAUAAAGACGAGGAGGAUGAAGAUGAAGAUUAUGACGAUGAUGACGAUGAUGAUGAUGAUGACGAAGAUGACGAAGAUGACGAAGAUGACGAAGAUGACGACGAAGACGAAGAUGAUGACGAUCAAGGAAACGAAAAAGGAUGA